UCCUGGCAGCCCAAUCUUAAAACGAAGCCCUGACAUCACCAAAUCUCCCCUGACGAAGUCAGAGCAGCUGCUGCGAAUAGAUGACCAUGACUUCAGCAUGAGACCAGGUUUUGGAGGCCCUGCAAUUCCUGUUGGGGUGGAUGUCCAAGUUGAAAGUCUGGACAGCAUUUCUGAGGUGGACAUGGACUUCACCAUGACACUUUACCUGAGGCACUACUGGAAAGAUGAGAGGCUGUCCUUCCCCAGCACCAACAACCAAAGCAUGACCUUUGAUGGCAGACUGGUGAAGAAGAUCUGGGUCCCCGACAUGUUCUUUGUGCACUCCAAGCGUUCCUUCAUCCACGACACCACCACAGACAAUGUCAUGCUGCGGGUCCAGCCAGAUGGGAAGGUACUUUAUAGCCUCAGAGUUACAGUAACAGCAAUGUGCAACAUGGAUUUUAGUCGCUUUCCCCUGGACACGCAGACAUGUUCUCUGGAGAUUGAAAGCUAUGCCUACACAGAAGAUGACCUUAUGCUCUACUGGAAGAAUGGGAACGAUUCCCUAAAAACAGAUGAGAGGAUAUCACUGUCCCAGUUCCUGAUUCAGGAGUUUCACACCACCACAAAGCUUGCCUUUUACAGCAGCACAGGGUGGUACAAUCGCCUCUAUAUAAACUUCACGUUACGCCGACACAUCUUCUUCUUCCUGCUCCAAACCUACUUCCCUGCCACUCUCAUGGUCAUGUUGUCCUGGGUGUCCUUCUGGAUCGACCGACGAGCAGUUCCUGCCCGAGUCCCAUUAGGAAUAACCACCGUGCUGACCAUGUCCACAAUCAUCACUGGGGUGAAUGCCUCCAUGCCUCGUGUUUCCUACAUCAAAGCAGUGGACAUUUACCUGUGGGUCAGUUUUGUGUUUGUCUUCCUCUCGGUGCUGGAAUACGCGGCUGUGAAUUACUUGACAACGGUGCAAGAGCGGAAGGAGAGGAAACUGCGGGACAAGCCUGCCUGUGCAUGCAGCCUACCUCAGCCCCGGCCCAUGAUGGUGGACGGCAGCUACAACGACGGGGACGUGAACGAGCUGGGGCACUUCAUGUCCGAGGACGGGGACAAACAGGACCGGAUGAUGGUGCAGCUGGCACUGGGCUCGGAGAGGGGCUCGGCCAGGAGGAAAAACCAGAGAUACGUCAGCAUGCGCAUCGACACCCAUGCCAUCGACAAGUACUCCAGGAUAAUAUUCCCUGGGGCAUACAUUCUGUUUAAUUUGAUAUACUGGUCCAUUUUUUCAUAAAGAUUCAUAACUUCUGUAGUCACAGAGCAUUGUGACAUGAAAUGAAAGUACAGUCUUAUAGGCUAAGAGAAAGAAAAUAGAGAAGAGUUUUAUUUGGAAGGAUGAUUGAUUUUUUCCAGGAUUUAAGUAAUUUAUUUUUUUUUUUAUUAGAGGCAAUUCACGUGUGGCAUAAAUAAUUGUGGAAGUUUCACAUGUCAGCAAAAUAUAGGAUACACAAUCUAAAAUUUUAUACUUAUUUAAAGACGUGCUAUGUUCCUUCUUGUGCCUCACAGGCCACUGUAAACUAUUUUAACAAGUGACUAUAAUUGCCAGUUGCUUAUAUAUGGUGCAUCCUCCAUUUUGUGCCCCUGAAAUCCUAAU